AUGCGAGGCCUGGUGCAAUUCAUCGCCGAUUUGCGAAACGCGCGUGCCCGCGAACUGGAGGAGAAGCGAAUCAACAAGGAGCUGGCCAACAUCCGACAAAAGUUCAAGGAUGGCAACCUCAGCGGCUACCACAAGAAGAAAUAUGUCUGCAAGCUCCUUUACAUCUACAUUCUGGGGUGGAAUGUCGACUUUGGGCACCUCGAGGCUGUGAAUCUGAUCUCUGCGAAUAAAUACUCCGAGAAGCAGAUUGGUUAUCUGGCCAUGACGCUGUUCCUCCAUGAGAAGCACGAGCUGCUCCAUCUUGUGGUCAACAGCAUUCGCAAGGAUCUGCUUGACCACAACGAGCUCUUCAACUGUCUCGCUCUGCAUGCCAUCGCCAAUGUUGGAGGCCGCGAAAUGGGAGAAGCUCUCAGCGGAGAGGUGCAUCGAUUGCUUAUUUCUCCGACCUCCAAAUCAUUUGUCAAGAAAAAAGCCGCCCUGACUUUACUACGACUGUAUCGAAAGCACCCGGGCAUUGUGCAGCCUCAGUGGGCCGAACGACUAAUCCACCUGAUGGACGACGAUGAUUUGGGCGUUGCGCUGUCUAUUACCUCUCUCGUCAUGACCCUGGCUCAAGACGACUUGGAGCAAUACAAGGGCGCCUAUUCCAAAGCUGCUGCUAGGCUUAAGCGUAUCCUAAUUGACGGAGAGUACACCACCGACUAUCUGUAUUACAAGGUCCCUUGCCCCUGGCUUCAGGUCAAGCUCCUGCGCCUGCUGCAAUACUUCCCCCCUUCAGAGGACACCCAUGUGCGCGAGCUUAUCCGGGAGUCUCUGCAAAAGAUUCUCAACCUUGCCAUCGAGUCGAGCAAGAACGUGCAGCAGAACAAUGCCCAAAAUGCUGUGCUCUUCGAGGCUAUCAACCUUAUUAUCCACUUGGACACUGAGCAGGACCUGAUGAAGCAGAUUUCUUCUCGCCUUGGGCGCUUCAUCCAAAGCCGAGAGACGAAUGUUCGAUACCUGGGGCUCGAAGCCAUGACUCACCUUGCCGCGAGAUCUGAGAAUCUCAUACCCAUCAAGCAGCAUCAGGACAUUAUCCUUAGCUCGCUCAAGGACCGUGAUAUCAGCGUCCGCAGAAAGGGUCUUGACCUCCUUUAUAGCAUGUGCGACUCCACAAAUGCCCAGGUCGUAGUUGGCGAGCUUUUGCAGUUCCUUCAGAACGCAGACUUUGCCAUCCGUGAGGAGAUGGUACUUAAGAUUGCCAUUCUUACGGAAAAGUACGCCACUGACGUCCAGUGGUAUGUCGAUAUAUCCUUGCGACUGAUCGCCAUGGCUGGUGACCAUGUCAGCGAUGAAGUGUGGCAGCGGGUUAUCCAGAUUGUGACCAACAACGAGGAGCUCCAGGUUUAUGCUGCCCAGACUGCGCUUCAGCAUGUUAGGUCUGACCAUUGCCACGAGACAUUGGUCAAGAUUGGCGCAUAUAUUCUCGGAGAGUUUGGCCAUCUCGUUGCGGAUCAGCAGCGUUGCAGCCCCAUUGAGCAAUUUCUGGCUUUGCAGAGGAAGCUAUCAGCAUGUUCGUCAAGCACACGCGCCAUGAUUCUUUCCUGCUUCAUCAAGUUUGUCAACUUGUUCCCCGAAAUUAAGCCUCAGCUCGUUCACGUUUUCGAAAUUUACAGCCAUACGCUGGAUUCCGAAUUGCAGCAGAGAGCCUGUGAGUACCUGAAAUUGGCCACGCUGCCAACAGAUGACCUUCUUCGGACAAUGUGCGACGAGAUGCCUCCGUUCCCCGAGCGAGAGUCAGCAUUGCUGUCUCGUCUGCAUCAAAAGCACGCCAACACGAGCGACCGGAGGACAUGGGUCGUUGGCGGCAAGUCUGCCAAUACCGAGGCAGAGCUCAACAUGGCUAAGCCUGGUGGUCUUAAGAGGACGUUUAGUUCUGCUGUCCCGCCCAACGGGAACAAGGCCAAUGGUGUCAAUGGAAGCCAUGCCAAUGGCGUCUCUGAUUUGGCCGGGCUGGACAUGAGCUCGCCAACAGGCGAACAAAAGCCUUUCAAGGCACCAAACCUAGCUAGCGCCGCACAUCUUUCUCCCGGAUGGGAGAAGGGCUUCAACAGGCUCUUGCUAAAGGCUGAGGGUGUCCUCUACGAGGAUGGCCAGAUUCAAAUCGGUGUCCGGUCAGAGUAUCGCGGACAGAUGGCUUGCCUCAUUGCGUAUUUCAGAAACAAGAACCCGGGAACUAUCACGUCCUUCACCACGACAUUGGAUUUGGACGAGAGUGAAAAGGGCAAUCUCUCUUGGGACGUGAAGGGCCUCCCCGAGAGCAUGCUUGCCCAAGGGUCCCAAAGUCAGCAGGUCAUCAUGUUUGAAGCAAAGAAGAUCUUUGAAAAGAGCCCGACCAUUCGUGUCAGUUACCUGGCCGGUGCGCUGCAAGCACUUACGCUGAAGCUCCCGGUAACCAUUCACAAGUUUAUGGACCCUGCAGAACUCUCUGCCGAAGACUUUUUCAAGCGCUGGAAGCAAAUUGGCGGCGGUGCUCGAGAAGCGCAAGAAAUCUUUGGUCUUUCUGGUAGUAGGAACGGCGCCAGGGAAAUCACGGAGAGAUUCGUGUCGGCAACGGUUGAGGGCUUCAGAUGGCGCGUCCUUGAUUUGGUUGACCCCAACCCCAAGAACGUUGUCGGUGCUAGCGUGCUUCAUACUUCAGAGGGUGGCAAGUUUGGCUGUCUUAUGCGGCUGGAGCCCAAUUAUUCCACGCAAAUGAUUCGAUUGACGGUCCGUGCCACCGAUGAAUCAGUUCCUCGGAUCCUCGUCAAGCUCAUGCAAGAAAGGCUCUCCGUCGGAGUGUCAACGCUGCCCGACAGACACGAACCUCCGACACGACAAGACAUUUCUGAUGCCUUUGGAAGUGUAAUGGUCAACUAA